AUCUUUCCACCGUCCCCCCUCUCCUCUCUUCGUUCUUUUUCGGUGCUCAAGUCACUUCGGGCUGCCCGGUAGCGCCCCUGGACCACUUCCAUUCGUUUCGGCACCGCCCAAAUUGUCCUCCAGCAGGCUUUCAACUCCGGCAGUAAGCAACCAGAUAUUUCGUCAUGCCUUCUAUCGCCUCUUUAUUUGCCCUCGCCGCACCCUUGAUGGUCCUCGGUGCCCCCGUCGCCAAACGGGACACUGCUACCAAUCUCCUGGUCUUAAAGUUUGCGGAUGUCCUUGAGCAAGCCGAGUCGCAGUUCUACCAGCAGGCUCUUCAGAAGUUCCAGCCGUCGGACUUCACGGCCGCUGGUUUCGUUGACGCGCAGGUCCCCAUACAGCAGUUCACGGCCAUCCAGUCUGAUGAGGCGACACAUCAGACCGUCCUCGAGUCGGCGAUCCAAUCCCUCGGCGACAUGCCCAUCUCCAACUGCCAGUUCAACUUCGACAGCGUGCUCACCGACGUCGCGACUAUGGCACCUGUCGCUCGUUUGGUUGAGAAUGUUGGAGUGGGUGCGUACUUGGGCGCUGCACACCUAAUCGACGAUCCCGUGCUCCUCACCGAUGCCGGCUCGAUUCUGACCGUCGAGGCUCGCCACCAAACAAUCCUCAACGUCCUGAACAACGGCGCCUCGAUCCCUCAGGCGUUCGACAUUGCGCUACUCCCUAACGAGGUUCUCGCUAUCGCUGGCCAGUUUAUUUCCGGGUGUGAUGUUGGUAUUCAAGGUCUGUGUGGAUCAAAACCUCCAAUUCGAAUUGUCGCUAAGGCAACGUCCACAGCGAACCCGCCUCUGACUGUGACGAACACUGGUGCUGCUCAGCCCGGCACGCUCCUCACAUUCUCGUCGCCCGCUAUCAACGGCUCAACGGAUGGUCUCUUCUGCCAGAUGCUCGUCGGUGGCCUGCCUACUGCUAUCCCGUUCCCGAUCGAUCAGUGCGUCGUGCCCCAGGGUAUCGAGGGCCCUGUCGGCCUCUUCAUCACUAGCGAUGGGCAGCCCCUGAACAACAACGUUCGUGACCGUGCGAGCCAAGCUGUCCUCGCUGGCCCUACCAUGGCUUUCAUCGACACCCAGAAGCAGCUCCUCAGUCAGCUUGCUCUCGCCGGAUCCAGCGACAGCAACAGCAGCUCGAGCACUAGCACGACCACCAUCACUCCUCCUGAGGCUAGCUCCAUCAUCUCGAGUGCUUCUGCAGCGUCUGCGACUGCGACCGACAGCGCCUCCUCGUCCGCGCCAACUGAUUCUUCGUCCUCAUCGUCUUCGUCGUCGUCGUCUUCAUCCUCGUCGUCGUCAUCUUCCUCUUCGUCCAGCGCGCCCUCAGAGUCCGACAACACCGUUGUCGACUCGCCCGGAACCCGCAACGUCGCCACUGGUACUUACGCGGGCGGCGCGAUCACCAUCGACGGCUGGCAGAACGACCAGCCCCUCUUGCCCGACGACUCAUCGGCGUCCGCUUCCGCGUCUGCGUCGGUCACCGACAGCGCCUCCGCGUCUGCCACUGAUAGCGCUUCUGCGUCCGCCACCGACAGCGCUUCUGCGUCUGCCACUGACAGCGCUUCGGUGUCUGCGUCUGCAUCUGCAUCCGACAGCGCCUCUGUGGCCGCCUCGACUGGCGUUGUGUCUGCAGGCGCUGUGUCCGCUUCGUCCUAAAUUAUGACUUUGCUUCGACGUCGACGUGGAGGCCGCCCGGAGACGACGCUCAAUGUGAGAUACGGCUGUGAUGCGGACAUUUCACUUUGCACACGGACACUGGGGCCCGAGGACAUUUAUAUACUAUCACCAAGCGUAGGCUCCUGAUAGAUAGGUGUACAGCGAGGCCGUACAUACUGGUUUGCUCUUUGUUUAAUCCUCUUCGUAUUUCUCUUCGUUCGGCUUUGAAGCUCUUCGAUCGCUCUACGAUAUGCUGCCGCCUGUUGCUGCACGUUUGGCAUGCUGGUCCAUUGUUCUGUACCGUACUUUGCUCUGUAUGGUACGCUUUUGACCGAAAAGACCAUCCGUUCCAAAAUACCGCCGAC